AUGUCGGGCGGUCUUGAAGUGAACCUUGAGUAUAUGGCUGCACAUAUCAGUGAUUUUAUUACAGAUGAAUAUUUCUUUGAAUCAUUCGAACUCGAAGACAUCAAAAAUAUCAUGAAAAAUUCAAAUUUCAAUACAAAUGAUUUCACAUUUUUGAUUGAACUGUCAUAUCAUACAAUUAAGGCACAUAAAUUAUAUCUUUGCGCAAGAAAAGCAAAUGUUUGCGUUCAAAACAUGGAAGAUGUCAUUUUAAUAUUGAAAUCAAUCAGAAAGAACAUGAAACUCCGAGUUCUUAAUAGUAUCAUUGACUAUUUAGAUCGUGAGAAAAAAUCGCUUGGAUGCCAAGAGAAAGUCCAAAAACUACAAUCUCAAAUUACUCAACUUAAUGAAAUAUAUAAUCAGAGCUUAGUUAUCCCAAGGAUUACAGAACUUAAGAAAUCUAAUGAGUUUAACGAUAUAUACAAUUUCUUGGAUCAACUUUCAUCUCUUGAAAAUAAUCAAAUGCUUUCAAGAGCAUGUGAUGAAGGGCUUUGGAAAAAGAAAGAUCCUAAAUUCUGGUAUAAUCAUUCAAUGAAUGUUCUUAAUACUGCAUGUGAAAGAGGAAAUCUCAGACUUGUCAAAUCUCUAAUUGAAUGUGGCUGCAUGUCUGAUAAUGAUGAAAUUUCUCCACUCAAUUAUGCUAUAGAAAAUGGUAAACCUGAGAUUGCCCAAUAUCUCAUUUCUGCUGGUGUUAAUAAAGAAGCAAAGAAUAAAAAUGGCGAAACACCAGUAUUUCAAGCAUUAGAAAAUGGCUAA